UUUUUGUAGAAACUGUUAGACCUUUCUUAUCCUUUUGAGAAACAGCUACAUCGAUACAAAUCCUCAUUCCUCAAUCAAUUCAGAACAAUACCCUUCCGUCCGCGAAAACCAGCCAUUGCCUCCCUUCCUUGUUGACUCCAUGCAUGGCUUGGCUUGCCUUUCCAUCACACCCAACACGAGCCCACUACUUACUCAAUCGAAACCCCAAUCUUCCUCAAACCCCCUCAACAACACACCAAAACACUUUCCAAAACUCACAAACAAAGGCAACACCUCAAUCCAUCACCACAUCUCAGUUCUAUGCAAGGAUGUCAAAAUCCGCGAAGCAAUCGAAUCGCUUUACGAAUUGCAAUCCACACACGUGUACGUAGGACCUGACAUCUACGGAGAACUCCUCCAGGGAUGCGUGUAUGCAAGAGCCCUCGGGUUAGGUCUUCAAAUCCAUGGCCACGUCAUCAAAAAGGGUCCUUCCUUCGCUACAAACGAGUUCGUCGAGUCAAAGCUCGUCAUUCUUUACGCGAAAUGCGGCGUUGCUGACGUGGCAAUUCGCCUCUUUCGUAAUGUUAAGAACCAGAACCUCUUUUCUUGGGCCGCUAUUGUGGGCCUGCAAGCCCGAACGGGCCUUUCCCAUGAAGCGCUCUUUAGUUACGUCGAGAUGAUAGAGAACAGCUUUUGCCCCGACAACUUCGUUGUCCCCAAUGCUUUGAAGGCAUGUGGGGCCCUCCGAUGGGUUGGUUUCGGGAAAGGACUUCAUGGUUACAUUGUGAAAAUGAAUAACUUUCAUGAUUGUGUUUAUGUUGCGACUAGUCUUGCUGAUAUGUAUGGGAAGUGUGGGAUUUUGAAGGAUGCGGACAAGGUGUUUGAUGCUAUGCCUGAAAAGAACGUUAUUGCUUGGAACUCAAUGAUUACGGUUUAUGCACAAAACGGAAAGAAUGAGGAGGCUAUUAAGCUCUUUAGAAAUAUGAGAUUUCAGUGUGUUGAUCCUAGUCAGGUUACUUUGUCGGGUUUUUUUUCAACUUGUGCUAAUUUGGAAGCAAUCAUGGAAGGAAAACAAGGGCAUGCUCUUGCUGUUUUAAUGGGCUUGGAGUUAGGUAACAUUUUAGGUAGCUCUAUUAUGAAUUUUUAUUCUAAGGUUGGUUUGAUUGAGGAGGUUGAAUUAGUUUUUAGAAAUAUCAUUGUGAAAGAUGCUGUGACAUGGAAUUUGAUGAUAUCCAGUUAUGUGCAGUUUGGAAUGUUUGAAAAGGCACUUGAGAUGUGUCAUUCGAUGAAGUAUGAAAGCUUGAGCUUUGACUGUGUGACAUUGUCUUCUUUAUUGGUUGUAGCUGCGGAUACAAGAGAUGUAGGACUUGGUAAGAAGGUGCAUGGGUUUUGUAUUAGGAAUGAGUUUGACUCUGACGUGGUUGUGUUGAGUGGCAUCGUAGAUAUGUAUGCGAAAUGUGGGAGAAUGGAUUGCGCAAGAAGAGUUUUUGGUUUUGCGGCGAAGAAAGAUAUUGUGUUGUGGAAUACAAUGUUGGCAGCUUGUGCGGAGAAGGGUCUGAUUGGGGAGGCUUUGAAAUUGUUUUUCCAAAUGCAACUGGAGAGCAUUCCCCCAAAUGUUGUUUCGUGGAAUUCUUUGAUAUUUGGUUUCUUUAGAAAUGGUCAGGUUGUUGAGGCUCAAAACAUGUUUUCGGAAAUGCAAUCAUCGGGCAUUAUGCCUAACUUGAUCACAUGGACUACUAUGAUAUCUGGUUUGGCUCAAAAUGGUCUUGGUUAUGAAGCUAAUAUGGUUUUUCGGCAAAUGCAGGAUGUGGGAAUGAGACCGAAUAGCAUAAGCAUAACUUCUGCACUCUCAGCAUGCACCGAUAUGGCAUUUUUAAAAUAUGGAAGGGCAAUUUAUGGGUAUGUUAUGAGGCAUUUCACGUCUGUUUCUUUUCAAAUUACAACCUCUAUUAUGGAUAUGUAUGCCAAAUGUGGAAAUUUAGACGAUGCCAAACGAGUUUUUGAUACGUGUUUAAUAAAGGAAUUGCCUGUGUACAAUGCAAUGAUAUCUGCUUAUGCCUCACAUGGUAAAUCUGCAGAAGCCCUUGCACUUUUCAGAGAAAUGGUGAAAGAAGGUAUAGUACCAGAUGACAUAACUUUUACUAGUGUCUUGUCAGCAUGCAGCCAUGGGAGAUUGCUGAAGGAGGGCUUAGAGCUUUUCAAAUAUAUGGUGUGUGAACUCCAAAUGAAACCAAGUGAGGAACACUUUGGUUGUUUAGUUAAACUCCUUGCUAACGAUGGCCAAUUAGAUGAAGCUCUUAGGAUUAUCUUCACACUUCCAAGCCCUCCAGAUGCACACAUAUUAGGAUCUCUACUUGCAGCCUGUGGUCAGAACCAUGAGAUUGAACUUGUAGAUUAUAUAGCAAAAUGGUUAUUGAAAUUGGAGCCAAAUAAUCCAGGGAAUUAUGUAGCUCUUUCAAAUGUCUAUGCAACUUUAGGAAAGUGGGAUAAGGUAUCAAACAUACGGAGCUUCAUGAAAGAAAAAGGCCUAAAGAAGAUUCCUGGAUGUAGCUGGAUUGAAGUUGGACAAGAACUUCAUGUGUUUAUUGCUAGCGACAGAUCACACCCUGAAAAAGAGGAGAUUUAUAUGAUACUGGAGUUAUUGGGAUUUGAAUUGUAUUAUGCAAAAUAUAACCCUAUGUACAGUUCUGCUUGUAAUACAAGAGACCUGAUUUCUUUGAAGGAAUUUCAUGCGUGACUAUUAGCAAAUGCAUCUGAAAGAAAUAAACUUAUAGGAAGUAUUUAUCAUCA